GUGUUAGAGCCGAGCGCGCCCGGGGGCCGGCAGCGGCGGGCGGCGGGCGGCGUGCAGCGGGGCGCGCCGGCCCCGGGGCGCCGCAGGCAUGGUGUCCCAGGCGCUGCAGCUGCUCCGGCAGGGCGUGUGGGCCGCGCUCACCGGCGGCUGGUACCACGACCCGGAGCAGAGCGAGUUCACCAACAGCUGCCACCUCUACCUGUGGCUCUUCCUGCUUCUGCUGCCCUUGGCCCUGCAUCUGGCUUUUCCUCCAAAUGCUAUCACUGCAUUUUUUUACUGCAGUUCAGUGACUAUAUUCUUCACAAUAAUCAAAUUGGUCAGUUAUCGCCUACACCUCAUGUUUGAUAAAGGAGAAUUAAUUCAGCAGAGGCCCUCUGGAAAGAAAGAAAAGCCAAAUAAAGACAAAGAGGCCAACAAGGAACAUAUAACUAAUCACAAAAUUCCAAGCAAUAACAGGCAGAUUAACAAUGGCAAAAAGGAAGAGCCUCAUCGAAGCCUCUCCACGCCUCCCCUCCGCUGCAGCUCCCGAGGGCAAAGCAUAAACUCUCAUCACUCAUCUGGGCCACUGGAGUUGCCGGCACAGGAAACAGUGGAAGAUCUCAAAGGUGUCCUUCUCUUGGAAGACCAAGCGGUAGGACCGGCGUCCUCUACCUCACCCGCUGUCAAAAUGGAAAGCUCAGCUGCUUGUAGAGCGUCCGGCCGGGAAACCAUGACCGCACCAGCAGUACCCACGGAGCCAGCUGUGGCAGAACCUGGAAUCGGCGACACAGCGAAGGAGAGGGGAGGCCAGGCGCAGCCCCCCAAGGGCCGCCACAGAUCCGAGGGCGGCUCAGUGGAGAAGGAGGCCUUGACGAAGUCGCCGCAGCUGUCCUUGUCUCAGUACGACCCACUAGAAACGGACGUUUCCUUCCAGCCCUGGGGCAGCGACAAUUCCGUCCGGAGUGCGGAACCUGUGGUUUGUGCCCAGGGCUCCUUAAGGGAACAGUGGCAAAGCCAGUCAGCCGAGGACAGCCUGAGCGGCAGCGGCCCCCAGUGCAACACGGUGAUCGCCAGAGCCGCGCGCCCCGCGCCCGGCGCCCCCGGGCGCGCGGACCCGCCGCCGACGCACGAAGUGGACGGCUCGGACAGUGAGGUGGCUGUCACUCUCAUUGACACUUCUCAACCUGGAGACCCGCUGAGUCUGCGGGAGCCCAUUAAAAUCGUCAUCACCAUGAGCAGCGGCCCGAACUCCCUGACGGACUUGGAAAGCUCGCUCCCGCUGAAGGUGAUCGGCACCGAGAGGGCCGGCUUGAAGUCCGACGCCGAGCCGGCCGCCCCGGGGGUGGCCAGUCCUCCCAGCACGCGGCAGAGAAUUCCUGUCAUCACCCUUGAGCUCUCCGAGGACGCGGGAGGGGGCGCUCUGUGUCCCGAAGGCAAGGGAAGUGACGGGACCCCGGAGAGAUUGACGGUGGAGGCGUCAUCCAAUCCGUGUUCGGGCUCUGAAUCCGGGGAGGGGGGAAAUGCCCCAAAGGACGGCAGUCCGUCCCCGCGAGACCGCUGUGACGCAAGGCCCCCCUUCACACCUCACGAGGUCCCCGAGUCUGAGGGGGGAAAGGAAGGCCAGGCUAACCUUGACCCGUCAUCCUGUAAAACUAGCCACGAAAAGAGACACACCCGGGUUCUCAGUGUGGACAGUGGGACGGAUGUCUUCCUGAGCAAAACUUCCACAGACAUGAUCAACGAUAAAGAAAAAACAAUGCCAACUUCCAAAUCUGACCUAGAGGCUAAGGAAGGACAGAUACCAAAUGAGUCCAACUUCCUGGAAUUUGUCUCCCUAUUAGAAUCAAUCAGUACGUCCAAGCUGGCGGCAUCCAGCCAAAGGAGUGGCCCAGGAGAGCAGGACAAAAACAGUGGGCUUCUCGGAGAUAACUGCUCCCAUGAGGAAAAGGAGGAAAUCCAAGAAAGUAAAAAGCCUAAUGAACACAGUUCCAAGCAAGGAAAACCAGACCUGCCAAGUCAAGACCACACUAGCACCAGCCCGGUGCUCACUGAGCCUGCCAAGAUCACGACCCUUUUCCAGGGCAAUAGACAAAGACAAAUAAUCUACAGGGUAACUUCCCAGCAAGAUAGUUCUGUCUUGCAAGUCAUCAGUGGGCCUGAAACAUCUGUGCAAGAUGAGAUGUCUGUGGAUGCUAUGCAUGUCUUCAUUGAUGAACAUGGGGAAAUUAGAUCCUGUUACUUAAAGUCUGGAAAUCAGAAAGAAGGCCCUUUACAGCAUCCACCAUCAAAUUAUGACAGUCUCUCUCAUGCUCGAGAGAUGCAGAUCAGUUCCUCCAGCACUACCACAUCCGAGAGUCAGGAUCCUUCUUCUGGAGACCCAGCGGUCAGCGCACUUCAACAACAGCUGCUACUCAUGGUGGCCCGGAGGACCCCGACAGAAGCCCCACGGCAUCUGAGUCAGGAUCUGGAAGACUCGUCAUGUUCUUCAACACAAGGAAAAUUUAACCGAGAGCAGUUUUACAAGUUUAUCAUUUUCCCUGGCAAGUGGAUUAAAGUCUGGUACGAUCGACUUACCUUGUUGGCGUUACUUGAUCGAACGGAAGAUGUCAAGGAAAAUGUGCUGGCAGUUCUACUCAUUGUCCUGGUUUCCCUCCUCGGAUUUCUGACAUUGAACCAAGGCUUUUGCAAGGACAUGUGGGUGCUCCUCUUCUGCCUUGUCAUGGCCAGCUGCCAGUAUUCCCUGUUAAAGAGCGUUCAGCCUGACCCUGCCUCGCCAAUCCACGGACACAACCAAAUCAUAACAUAUAGCAGACCAAUCUAUUUUUGUGUGCUGUGUGGCCUUAUUUUGCUUCUUAAUACAGGGGCCAAAGCCCGGCACCCUCCCACUUACGUUGUCUAUGGCCUGAAGCUCUUCUCUCCAAGGUCCCUCCAGUCAGCUAGGGACCUCUUAAUAGUAUUUUUAUAUUGCUUCCCUGCAAUCUCCCUCCUCGGGCUCUUCCCGCAGAUCAACACUUUCUGCAUUUAUCUUUUGGAACAAAUUGACAUGCUAUUUUUUGGAGGUUCUGCUGUUUGUGGGAUGACAUCGGCUAUUUACAGCGUGGCCCGGAGUGCCGUGGCCACUGGCCUGCUCCACGCAUUCUGCUUCAGCGCCGUGAAGGAACCGUGGAGCACACAGCACAUCCCGGCGCUGUUUUCAGCCUUCUGUGGCCUCUUGGUUGCUCUUUCCUACCAUCUGAGCAGGCAGAGUAGUGACCCCUCUGUGCUCCUGUCCUUUAUUCAUUGUAGAUUGCUUCCUAAAUGUUUACAUCAAAACCUGGAAGAAUUGGCCGCAGACCCUCUCCCCAAGAAGAUGAAAGACUCAGUGAAGGAUAUCUUAAAAUCGGAUCUCAUUAUCUGCUCGGGGGCUGCUGUUCUCUCAUUUGCAGUCAGUGCCAGCACCGUGUUCCUGUCCUUGCGACCAUUUCUCAGUGUUGUGCUGUUUGCCCUGGCUGGCUCGGUGGGAUUUGUGACCCAUUAUAUGCUCCCUCAGCUCCGCAAGCACCAUCCAUGGAUGUGGAUUUCACACCCCGUUCUUAAAAACAGAGAGUAUCAGCAACGGGAAGUGAGAGAUGUCGCCCAUUUAAUGUGGUUUGAAAGACUCUAUGUUUGGCUUCAGUAUUUUGAAAAAUAUAUCUUGUAUCCGGCAAUAAUUUUGAAUGCCGUCACUAUUGAUGCAUUUUCAAUCAGCAAUUACCGGAGACUUGGUACCCACUGGGACAUUUUCCUGAUGAUUGUGGCCGGCAUGAAGCUGCUGCGGACCUCUUUCUGUAACCCAGCUCACCAGUUUAUUCACUUGGGCUUCACUGUGAUCUUUUUCCAUUUUGACUACAAAGAUAUUUCAGAGAGUUUUUUACUGGAUUUCUUCAUGGUGUCCAUUUUAUUUAGCAAGCUCGGGGAACUGCUUCACAAGUUACAGUUCGUCAUGACGUACGUGGCUCCUUGGCAGAUGGCUUGGGGUUCUUCAUUUCACGUGUUUGCUCAGCUCUUUGCCGUCCCUCAUUCCGCCAUACUUUUCUUUCAGACGAUUAUCACCUCCAUCUUCUCUACUCCACUGAGCCCGUUCCUCGGGAGUGUCAUUUUCAUCACCUCCUAUGUUAGACCAGUGAAAUUCUGGGAGAAAAACUACAACACACGGCGUGUGGAUAAUUCCAACACGAGACUGGUGGUCCAAAUUGAAAAGGAUCCAGGGAAUGAUGACAACAAUCUUAAUUCCAUCUUUUAUGAGCACCUGACAAGGGCCCUGCAGGAGUCCCUGUGUGGAGACUUAGUUCUUGGUCGGUGGGGUAACUACAGCUCUGGCGAUUGCUUUAUUUUGGCCUCCGACUACCUCAACGCUUUUGUUCACCUGAUUGAAAUUGGAAAUGGUCUUGUCACCUUUCAGCUUCGAGGACUGGAAUUUCGAGGAACCUACUGCCAGCAGAGGGAGGUCGAGGCCAUCAUGGAAGGCGACGAGGAGGACAGAGGCUGUUGUUGCUGCAAACCGGGCCACCUGCCGCACUUCUUGUCCUGCAAUGCCGCAUUUCACCUCCGCUGGCUCACCUGGGAGAUCACACGGACACAGUACAUCCUGGAGGGCUACAGCAUCAUAGACAACAAUGCAGCCACCAUGCUGCAGGUGUUUGACCUCCGAAGGAUCCUCAUCCGGUACUACAUCAAGAGUAUAAUAUACUAUAUGGUAACAUCCCCCAAACUUCUCUCCUGGAUCAAAAACGAAUCCCUUCUGAAGUCUCUGCAGCCCUUUGCCAAGUGGCAUUACAUCGAGCGUGACCUUGCCAUGUUCAACAUUAACGUUGAUGAUGACUACGUCCCGUGUCUCCAGGGGAUAACCCGCGCCAGCUACUGUAACGUUUAUCUAGAAUGGAUUCAGUACUGUGCACAGAAGAGACAAGAGCCCUCCAAGAACCUGGACAGCGAUGAGGACUCUCCUUUAGUGACCCUGUCCUUUGCCCUGUGCAUCCUGGGGAGGAGAGCUCUGGGAACGGCAGCCCACAACAUGGCUCUCAGCUUGGAUUCUUUCCUGUAUGGCCUUCACGCCCUCUUCAAAGGUGACUUCAGAAUCACAGCACGAGACGAGUGGGUAUUUGCCGACAUGGACCUUCUGCAUAAGGUUGUUGCUCCGGCCAUCAGGAUGUCCCUGAAGCUUCACCAGGACCAGUUCACCUGCCCCGACGAAUAUGAAGACCCAGGGGUCCUCUAUGAGGCCAUCCAGUCCUUUGAGAAGAAAGUAGUGAUCUGCCACGAGGGUGACCCGGCCUGGAGGGGCGCCGUGCUGUCCAACAAGGAGGAGCUUCUCACCCUGCGGCACGUGGUAGACGAGGGCACAGACGAGUACAAGGUCAUCAUGCUCCACAGGAGCUUCCUGAGCUUCAAGGUUAUCAAGGUUAACAAAGAAUGUGUCCGUGGCCUCUGGGCCGGCCAGCAGCAAGAGCUCAUAUUCCUUCGCAACCGCAACCCAGAGCGUGGAAGCAUCCAGAACAACAAGCAGGUCCUCCGAAACUUGAUUAAUUCCUCCUGUGACCAGCCUCUGGGGUACCCCAUGUAUGUCUCCCCGCUAACCACGUCCUACCUAGGGACCCACAGGCAGCUGCAGAGUGUCUGGAGCGGCCCCGUCACUUUGGACGGCAUCAGGACGUGGUUCCGAACCAAGUGGUUAAGGGUGCGCAAGGGCUGUGAUUCUGGCCAGGGAGGCGCCGGCAACAUUGAAGACGUGGACGGGAGGGCUGCCCCCUCUGCAGGCAGCGGCCGCGCUCCGGGCGGCGAGAACCAGGAGAGCAGCACGGAACAGCCCGGAAAAAAUGGGACCCACCACUGGUCGCCCCGCGAAGGGACACAGAGGACAGGCAGAAGGAGUCAGUCUGUCCAGGCCCCUGGGGCGUUAUGCCAAAGGCCGGUCACGCUGAGCUCGUCCGGCCCGAUCCUAGAAAGCCACCAGGCCUUCCUGCAGACGUCCACGUCGGUCCACGAGUUGGCCCAGAGGCUCUCAGGCAGCCGGCUCUCCCUACACGCCUCGGCCGCGUCCCUGCACUCGCAGCCCCCGCCCGUCACCACCAUGGGCCACCUGAGCGUCCGCGAGCGGGCCGAGGCGCUGAUCAGGUCCAGCCUGGGCUCGUCCACCAGCUCGACCCUGAGCUUCCUCUUCGGCAAGAGGAGCUUCUCCAGUGCCCUGGUCAUUUCUGGACUCUCUGCUGCGGAGGGGGGCAACACCAGCGACACCCAGUCGUCCAGCAGCGUCAGCAUCGUCAUGGGCCCCUCGGCCAGGGCCGCCAGCCAGGCCACACGGCACUUCUCUGAGCCGUGUGAACCCACCGAGGCCACCGAGGCCACCGAGGCCACCGAGCAGGGGCAGCGUCGCGACCGCCGUCCGGCUGGGCCCGUGGCAGAGAACGGGGCACUGCUGUGCAGGAGAGCCAGCCAGGAGGACAUGGGCCUGGACGACACGGCCUCCCAGCAGAGUGCUUCGGAGGAGCAGUAGGGGCAGGGGCUGGAGGGGGGCCCUGCUCUGCAGCCGUGAGAGCCGCUCUAGCAACCCGAGGGACGCUACCUCAGGUUCUCGAAGGACGUCUCCCAUGGCGAUGGAACACGUGACAGCACACCUCCCUCCCCUCCCCGCCCCCCCCACCCCCAGAGCUCCCGGGCGUGGCACGCACAACUUCCAGAAUUUGAAAAUUCUAACAAAAGCCAGGUAACAGCUUAAAACAGCUAGAGUAAAUAGAGCGCCUAAGUCCCUCUUUCCUGCCCUGAAGAAAAUAAGACAACUGCAUGUUAACCGAUUGGCAUUUUGGACAUUUCCGUAAACCACGUUCAAGACGCAGUGGGGUUCCAUCGCCGCGUAAAGAAAACCUCACCUCCUCUAGCACAUUUAUGCAGAUGUUAAGUAUAAGCCAACGGCAGCUUUACGGAAACGUGGUAGUGCAUGCAGUCAUGUCUACACUCUACUAGUGACCCGAGUGUAGACAUCGAGUCCUGUGGGAGCGUGGAAAGCCAUCCGGACUCACAUGACGCUCCCCAUGAGUCAGGCCUGUCUCGCCCGGCGCGCCUGUCCACUCGCAGGAAUGUUCGCUUGUUUUCCGAGCCAAGCCAUCCUUCCCGUGUCAUAGAACACUCGCACACACCUUUGUUUGGGGAAUUAAAAUGUUUACAGUUAUGGCUGUGUCCGGUUGUGUGAGUUCUGGGGUAUCCUUUACUGUGAGCAUGGCGUUUGGGCAAAUUCUGGGACCUUCCCCAAGUGAAGCCUGUCACUGGGGAAAGCAGAAACCUGACUUCUUGUGGAUGUACGGGAGGGUGAGGGGGUCCUGAAACACAGUCUAUGAAGAAGAGCAUCACUGACCUGGUGAACCAUCCCUUCUGGAAAGACAAGAGCUAGAAGUAAGUCAUUUUGGGGAUAGUCCCACGACUUUCUUCAAGGUAUCUAGGAUUUGAAGUGUGGGGGCUAGGGGAGGGCACAGCCGAGAAUUUCUUUCCCCCUGGAAGCAGAUGGUAAUUUUUUUUCAAAGUAAGGAUUGCCAAUUAAUAAUAAUAGGUGGGCUCUGUAAUCAGAGACACUGUGCAUCAUUCUCAAAUCAGCCAUCCCUGGAGAUGCAAAGUUGGUUAUUAUUGAUUGAAAUGCAGGUGUCUGUCUAAUGAGAAGCUGAUAGAACCUCAUGGCAGUUCUCUAAGUCGGCCAAACCAAACUUGGCUGGCAGUCCCUGAAAUCCUCUUGGGCAACUUUAUAGCCAAGCCCUAAGGACCGGCCCUGAGCUGUGAGCGUGACCUCCCCACAAAGGGCAUCUCCUUGAAUUAAGUCAGCCUGUUUCGGGCUGACCACCCUCUUGGGCACCCAGAAGUAAGAAACCCAGAAAGCCACUGCGUUCCACAGAAAAUGGAUCUCCUGGCAGAGCUGGAAAACGAAUAGGUCGAGAAACAGGAAUGCAGAUGAGAAGCCAAAGUGCUCUGGAUGCAUGUCACUCCGCUCGAGAUUCCUGAGCUGCUUCUCUAAUCAAUGACCCGAUGGCUUAUCUGGGUCAUCUCAGUGCAAAGGAAGCAGACAAGGACGGUCAUGGUUUGUCAACAACAGUAAGGCCCAAGUCCUCCGAUCCGAAUACAAGUCUGCACUGUCUGAGAGAGUAAAACCAUCUUGGGUGUGCAUGCUGGGAGUGCGUACACACACACACACACACACACACACGUGCACGGGUGUGUGUGCCCCCAAAGGGAAAGAUGGGGUUGGAUGCGCUUCUGGACCCGCAUGCCUGUCAGCAAUGCAGUCACGCUUUUUCUCUACAUUGUGGUAAA